UCUCUCCAUUUUCUUACAGUACUCUCUUAAAGCAAAUUGGAAAAAUGGCUGGAGGUAUCGGAAAAUGCAGCAAGAUCCGGCACAUUGUGAAGCUGAGACAGAUGCUCCGACAGUGGCGAAGCAAGGCGCGAAUUUCCUGUGUCAAACGCUGUGUUCCGUCGGAUGUGCCGUCAGGAUACGUGGCGGUCCACGUUGGAAGCAGUUGCAGGAGAUACGUGGUGCGUGCGUCGCAUCUGAACCACCCCGUCAUCAGGAACCUCUUGGUUAAAGCCGAGGAGGAGUUCGGUUUUGCGAACCACGGUCCGUUGGUUAUCCCAUGUGACGAAUCGGUUUUUGAGGAAUCGAUUCGGUUAAUAGCCCGGUCGUGUCGGUUUACAUGUACCGAUGAUGUAAAGAAGAAUCGCCACGGUAGUGGCACUAGAAGCAAGCUGGAUCGUUUGAUCAAAUAUCGGCCGUUGCUUCACACCGAGAAGGCUAUCAUCUGGUGAUCCAUCUGAUCCCAUUUUAACCGGGUCGAUGGUGUCGGAUACCCAGGAGGUGGCCGAGAGCUGGAUGUUUCGUCUAGCAUGAGAGUCGUCCCGGGUUUCGAAUCAUAGUUCAUGAGAAAAAUUGUUGUCAUUAUUUGGUAUUGGUGUAAAACUGAGUGAGCAAUUUUUAUACAUUUAUUUAUUAAUUUUGUUACUUAGUUUUGGUAUUUGCUGUAAAAUAUAUUCAGCAAUAGUAAUACCCAUCAUAUUUAUUUAUUUAUUCGUUCAUUCUUCAAACCUUUCGAAAUGGUUAUUGUUGU